CCAUGGGAACAGCCGCGGCGGCCCGGCUGGCGCGGAGCUCGCCUGCCUCGGUCUCCGCCGCUCCAGGGGCGGGUGGGGUGGGCAGAGUCCGGGCCGCCGCCGCGGCCACAGGGGAGAGACCAGGAGCGGGUGCGGGUCCCGGAAGAGAGCGCGGCUGCCGGCCGCUUGGUCCCGGUCCCGGUCGAGGCCAGGGGCGCGCGGCGAUGUGAGCCAUGAGCGCGACGUGGACGCUGUCCCCCGAGCCGCUGCCGCCAUCGACGGGGCCCCCGGUGGGAGCGGGCCUGGACGCGGAGCAGCGCACCGUUUUCGCCUUCGUGCUGUGCCUGCUCGUGGUGCUGGUGCUGCUGAUGGUUCGCUGCGUGCGUAUCCUGCUCGACCCCUACAGCCGCAUGCCCGCCUCGUCCUGGACAGACCACAAGGAGGCGCUCGAGCGCGGGCAGUUCGACUACGCGCUGGUCUGAGCGGUGCGGCGCCCUCGGCCGGCCCUCCGCGGGGGUCUCUCUCCCGGGGCCGAUCCGACGGUGCGCCGCCGGGCCUGGACCGCGCUCAGGAUCCUGCCCCCGAGCCCGCAGCCCGAGGGGGGAGGGCGUCAAGAGAAGUCCAACCCCUCCCCCCUCACACCCCUCCCAUCUUCCCUCCUGGCCAGGCCGGAGCCCCACUUCGUGCCUUUAUCCCGCCCUGUCCUCUCUCCGUAACUCACCGGCCCGGCUGGCCCCCGACUCUAAAGCCUGGGUGGGAAGAGGACGCCCGCCCCUCCGCCCCCAGCGUGUAGGUGGCUCUGCUACUGCCCUGCCGCCGAGCAUGAGUGUCAUGUCCGCUCCCGGGUUCGGGGACCCCCGUGUCCCUUCCCCUCCCUCCCCUGUCCUCUGGCCAUCCUCACUCCCCCGCCGCCCGCCCCCCUUAAGUGUUGAGCCCCUCCUCGGGCUCCGGGCCUGCGGGCUCUCCUGGGCCCAUGAGGUGGACGCUGCAUACCAAUAUGCCCUGCGGGGCCUGCUCCGGAGACAGUGACUGAAGAGCGACAAUGGCUGCUGUGUCCAGGAUGCGAGCCUCCUUCCAUGAGGGGGAGAGGGCAGACAGGCUCCCUCCCGCCCCCAGCCCAGGCCCCAGUUCAGGUCAGCGCGCCCCUCCCUCUGUCACCACCUCCACCCCUCAUUGGCCCUCCUGCCACCUCCCCCUGGUCCCUCCUGCAACCCCCCCUCCCAGGCCCUCCCCUUGCUUUCUCACUCCUCCCUGCCUCUGAGCCCAUGGUAUUAAUAAAAGCUGUUAUUGAGCGCUUACUGCAUGCCAAGCAGCGUGCUGAGGUAGCUCCUCCUGUA